AUGGCCACGUCUCGCCCUGCGCCACCGAAGCGUCUGGACCUGGAGCUCACCAUCGUCUCCGCCAAGCAUCUCAAGAACGUGAACUGGAAAAACGGAGACCUCAAGCCAUACGCGGUAUUCUGGGUCGACCCAGACCGCCGACUCGCCACCAAAUCGGACGACGCUGGCUCGAUCCGCCCUGUAUGGAACGAGAGUUUCACCCUCCCACUCACCAUCCCUGUCCAGGACUCCGUCCUCACCCUUGAGAUCUUCCACUCCAAACCCUCCGAGACCCCCAAGCCCUUGGUCGGCACCCUCCGUGUCCCGCUCAAGGAUCUCGCUGACAACCCCGACGACCCGAUCCGUAUCAGAACGUUCCAACUCACCCGUCCAUCGGGUCGUCCCCAGGGGAAGAUCCGCGUAAAGCUCUCCGUCCGCGAACGGCCGUUGCCGCCAGAUUAUCAUGUUGCCCCUCAGCCUAGCUACUAUUACUCCGGUGCCCCUGCCCUUCCUCCGCGCGACUACAGGGGAUACUCGCCCUCUCCGUACACGUCACCACUCCCCGCACCGUCCCCAUCGCAGCAGCCGCCGCCGGCUCCGUACCUUUACAGCUCGUAUCCCGAUGCGUAUUCAGGAUACUAUACAGGGUAUUAUUCCAGUGCGCCACCACCGCCUAUGCCGCCCAGGCCAUUCUUCGACCGGCCCGUGAACUAUGGUGGGCCUGGAGGGCCCAGUGGGCCGUCGGCACCUGUGGAUUACUCGUUCUACGAACAGAAGCCGAAGAACUCGAAAAUGGGUCUGGGAACGGGAAUGGCUGUGGGCGCGGCCGUUGGAGCGUUAGGUGGGCUCGCAUUGGACGAGGGAUUGAAGUACGAAGAGGAGAAAAUCGUGGAUAGGGUCGAGAAUGACGUGGCUGCGCGCGACGAUUACAGCGAUUACCGUGGCGACUACCGCUCCGAUUAUUGA